AUGUCACAACUUGAAGAUCCUUCAAAUGAUGAUAAAGUUGCCAGUGGUGAGGCAGUGUCUAGUAAAUUUGCCUUUAUAAAUGUGGAAGAGAGUAUCAAAAAGGAAACUGUUGAAGAGCAUAUAGAAGAUGUUUAUAAUGAAGAAGAAAAACAGGAUGUUAUCUGUGAAUCUUCGCAGGAUAGUUUAAUAAAUCCUCUUAUAGAGAUUGAUGAGAAUUCAUCUACGUUUGGUUCUGAAGUAGUAGACGAAGCAUUGUCUACUGAAGAGGUUUCACAACACACUGACCCAAAUGCAACAAAACAAGCGUUUUUGUGUGACAAGUGCUCCAUAUCAUUUGUCUCGCCCAACUUCUUAGAAGCACACAAGAAGAGAUGUCGUGCUCGAAUGGAGGAAACCGCAAACGAGCAGUCAACAGAGGAAGAAACCAUCGACUCAAACAAAACCACCACCAGAUGCAAAAAGAAGUCUCGAAUCCCUGCCGGAGAGCUGAAAUACAAGUGCGAAACUUGUGGAAAAGGUUUUGUUCGGUUGAAAAAUCUUGAGGCACACAUGCCAACGCAUAGUGUUGAGUUUAAGUGCGAAAAAUGUCCGUAUACAACAGAACAUCGGAGAAACCUUAUGCGCCACGUUGUAGUGCAUUUUGGGGAGGAUGAGAAAAAAUACUCUUGUCCGUAUUGUAGUUACACGGCUGGAAAAAGCAGUUACUUGAGGAUACACGUGGCAAGACAUUUAGAUGAGAAACCACACAAGUGCACCGUGUGUUCAUACGGAACAGCUGUGCUGGACACACUCAAUAAACAUAUGGCUACACACACGGGCCAGAGAGAGUUUGCGUGUUCGCAUUGCUACUAUUCCGCCGCAAAGAAGUCACAGUUAGCCAAACAUUUGCAGAAGUUUCACUCAGAAGAAGGUAAUAACACUUGAGUAGAAAGUGUUCAAUGUGGAACAUUUGACAGAAAAUUAUUUGUUUAGCAAUUAAUUGAGAGUAAUUUGUUAUGUUGUGAAUGAAGAAAUUUGAAGUGCGAGCUUAACUUUUUGAAGGAGCAAUUUUUAAGCAUUUCACAACAUGUCAAGGUCAUAAUCCUGAAACUAUAGACAUAUCGAUAGUUUCCAUAAGUUGAAAUUUACCGUCCCUUUAGUGA